AUGGUUAAUCUCGACCCCAUCAACGCCAAAUUUGCGGCCGCAAUCGAUGCCCUGCCUGCUCCUCAUCAGCUUGGGGGCCCAGACAAGGCAUUUGAGAGUCUGGAGGAGUUACAGCGCCAUGAACCAGCGAAUGAUAUUGUCACACAGUCAAUUGAAGUCGGGGGGAAAUAUGGCCCGACGUCUGUGACACUGUUUAGACCAAAGGCUCUGGUUCACAAGCCACUUCCAAUGAUCUUUUACACUCAUGGUGGCGGCUGGGUCAUGGGGAGAACGUUUCCGUUCCCAUUUGAGCAGAGCUAUGAAGUUCUGGAGUAUAUGAUUCGUCAUGGAAAGCAGUACAACCUUUUGGUCAAAACCAUUGCUCUGGCUGGUGAUAGUGUUGGAGGACACAUGGCCAUUGCCAUGAUGCAGAUGUCGUUGCAAAGACAACUGCCCGCCACAAUCGGUCAGAUCGUUCUCUGGGCUCCCGUCACCGUUACACACAAGAAGUAUCCCUCGUACACCACAUUCAAGGACGGGCCUUUCCUACCGGAGGCGACAAUGGAUUGGAUGAUUGAGACGUUCAUCCCGAACAAAAGCGACAGAGAAACAGCGCUGGGUUCUCCUCUAACACAUCUCCCAGACGAUGUCGUGUCAAAAUUUCCUCCAACCAUUAUCUUUCUAUCAGCGGUUGACCCCCUAGUUGACGAAGGCGUAGCCUUUGGUCAAAGAUUACAGGGCCUCGGGGUUGAUGCAUCUGUUAUAAAGGCUGAAGGACAGAUGCAUGCCUUCUGCCUUGUGAAGGCGUUGCGAAAUGGGCCUACCGCUCAAGCGGUACUAGAAUUGGCGGCUCUGAAGUUACAAAGGCACUUAAUUUACAGAUCACUGAGCCUCCUGCUAGCAUAUCGACCUAUUGUCAAGGCCUUCCUAAGUGGACGAAUCGGAAUGAAAACCCCGCCAACACCAACAAUGGUCAAGUCAAUGCGCUUCCGAGACUUGCAAGUCCCUACGCCAGGCUUUGGUGCUAUGGGCAUCAGCUUCGCACUGGGCAAUGACCUCAGUUACGAUGAGGCUGAGCCCGUGUUGCUGGAAGCAUUGGAACAGGGGUGUACAUUCUGGGAUACUGCUCUAACCAUUCGGCUCAAGGUUUCUUACGGUCCUGGAAAGAAUGAGAAGAUCCUCGGUGACUUUAUCAGAAAGCACAAGUGUCGCGAUAAACUUUUCAUUGCAUCAAAGUGCGGUAUUGCUGCUUUUGAAGACGGAUCAGUGACCAACUCGGCUGAGCAUAUCACGACAUAUAUAGAGGGAACAAUCGAAAGACUAGGGUUUACUCCAGACUUAUACUAUAUCCACCGCAUGGAUCCGAGUCAGCAACCCUCCCCGAGAAUCGACGCCGUCCAGGCAGAAUAUUCCGCUUUCGAAACGAUUCACGAGACCGACGGUCUGAUCGACACAGCCCGUGAGCUCGACAUCGAAUUUAUAGCCUAUGGCCCCCUCGGCCACGGAUGGCUCGUAGAGAACUUCCCCUACCAAACGCCCGAAGACUUUGCCCCCGAAGAUUACAGACGCCAGAUUCCUAAAUGGCAAGGCGAGAACUUUUAUGCCAACAAGAGAAUCGCCGAUGGUUUCCGCGAGCUCGCCAAGCGUAAGAAGUGUACAUUGCCCCAGGUUGCUCUUGCGUGGGUCGCAGCGCAGGGCAUGAUUUCAAUCCCGGGCACGACGAAGCCGGAGCGUUUGGUAGAGAACUUUGCGUCGAGGGAUAUACAGCUUACGGAGGAGGAGAUCAGGGAUAUGAGGAAGUUGGUUGAUGCUUUGAAACCGCAGGGGGAUAGGUAUAAUGAGGUCGCCAUGAGGAACAUUGGUAAAUAA